CAACGCUGAUAUAGUCUGACAGUUGUGGACUCGCCUCAAUCGUUAACAAGAAGAAUAAUAUUUUUCCGCAUAUUUAUAUUGGAACGAUUAAAAGACUAAAACUUAUUUAUUUGCACGGCAACCCACCCAAGCUGAGCACAAAAUGGAUCCAAUAAUUGACUGGCAAAUAUCUCGACACGAUAUCAAAUCCCGAGGACAGUAUUUAUUAGAAACCGGCAAAUGGGCUGAUUGUCAUUUUUUAGUUGGUCAAGAACCGAAUCAUCAGAUGUUGGCCGGUCAUAAAUUAAUAUUAGCAAUGGCAUCACCCGUGUUUGAAGCUAUGUUUUACGGUGGGCUCGCCGAGAAAAAUGAUCCCAUUCCUAUUUUGGACUUGGAUCCUUCUGCUUUCAAAUCAUUAUUAGAGUACAUUUACACCGAUAAAAUCAGUAUCAAUUCAGUUGACAAAGCUUGCGAGCUGUGCUAUGGAGCCAAAAAAUACAUGCUCCCUCAUGUGGUCGAACAAUGUAUCACAUUUCUAUGGUCAGAUUUGUGUCCCAAGAAUGUGUGUCGUGCUUACGAAUUUGCUAAACUUUUCGAGGAACCCCGUUUAAUGGAGAAAUGUUUACAAAUAAUGUGCACCAAAUCAAUGGAUGUAAUCCAAGAUUCAAGUUUCGAAGAUGUUGAACUUAGCACGAUUGUUACAAUACUCGAUCAAGAUGUACUUAACAUUGAUUCGGAACUUAAUCUUUUCUGGGCCAUCAACAAAUAUGCUGAAAAACAUGGCUUGUGUGCCAGUCGCAAUCAUGAAACAAGCCAGUCUAGUAGUGAACAUGAACCAGUCGCCUCGCCACAGUCACCACUUAACCUGGAUGUUGAAGCCAGCUCAUCUAAUGAUCAAAGUAACAAUCAAAACAUCAUCGGAAAUAAUGAACAUGUUGGCCCAGCUGUAGUAAUUGCGAAUGCAGGUCGUCAACAAGAACUACCUACUAUUCGUGAUGCCAUACGUCGUAUCCGUUUCCUAUCAUUAAGUCCUCAACAAUUUGCUGAUGGGCCAGCUCGAACUAACUUACUGACGCAAUCGGAAGCAUUCGCUAUUUUAAUGAACAUUUCUACUUCAAACAGUUGUUAUCCAAUGCCAGAGGGAUUCACAACAAAUAAAAACCCAAGAAACGCUUUCACCGACUCUUCCCCACCUAGUCCAAUACCUGGUCCUAGCGGAAAUCUUGCACCUAUGGCUCUUAGACCAGGCACCACAACUAGUGGAUUAUUUCCACAACAUGUUCCACCACCGCAACCGGCACCUCUACCAACUAAAACUGUUCCAGCUCCUGCUCCAGCUCCGGUACCAUCAACACAUUCGGAUGACACGGAAAACCCAUACUAUUUAGAAGAGAUGCGAAACAACGAUUCUAAUUACGACCGUAAAUAUUACUGUCGUAGAAUUAUGCGGCAGCAGACAGAAUGUCUCAACACAUCCGUAUUAGAUUGUUCAUUAACAUUUAUAGUGGACCGUUCGGUUUGUAUCACCGGAAUUGAAGUCCCCACCCAAGUGCAAGGUUCGACUAUAGUUGGAAACGAUCGAUAUUCAGAAUUAUUGUAUGCUCAUUUGCUCGAUGCACAUGGUUCGCGCCUUACUUACACUCACUGUAAUCAACGCGUUCAGUACAACUCUAUGCUGGAAAUAUCUUUCGAUCGACCAGUAUUCAUUCAAAGACACAAAAUGUAUAAGAUAGGUGUCGUUUUCAACAAAGUCGGAUGGUAUCCAGUAAGCCAAUCAGUAACGAAGGUCAAUUGUGACAACGUUGGCUUUACGUUUUGCGUUGGAUCACAAUCAGAAUCAGUGCGUGAUGGUCUCAUUCGAACUAUCGUAUUUACAUACACUCGAGACGGAAUUUCGUACACAUAAGGCAAUACAUAAAUUGGAAUUUAACGUGCAAUCACAUCAUUCAACAGAAAUAAAAGAAAUUCGUAAAUGAUUGGCGCAUGAUAUACUGCUAUUUCAAUUCAACUUCUCUAUUUCGUAUUCAAAAUUAAUUUAUGCUAAAUAUAUUAUAGAAAAAUA